AUGACAAUGCGCACCGCGUGUCUGACAGAAGAGGGGGAGGAGGAGGAGAGGGGGUACAACAAGGAAGGCAAGGAGACGCUCUUUAUUAUUAGGAGAAAAAAGCGGAGAGGAGGGGGGAGACGGAGACAGCGCGAGCCCGGAGACGGCACAGACCGUGGCGGGGGGGAUCGGAGAGAGGAGGACACCGACACCGACAGUCGGCAGCGUCGCUCGGAUGCUGUUGUUGCUCCGGACGCGGCGACGAUGCGGCCACACUGCUGGGUGAUGGUAGCGCUGGCGGGGAUCAUGUCGUACCUGAGCCCGGAGAGAGCGCUCGGAGCCCCGCAGAGGGAAGUCUCUCAGACAAGGGCUGCAUCCCUCUCUCCUCCACCUUACAUCGUCAUCCUCAUCUCCUGCUCAGGGCUCGUCUCUUUUGUCCUGCUGCUCUUGACCUGUCUGUGCUGUAAGAGAGGAGGAGUGGGGUUCAAUGAGUUUGACAAUGCAGACGGGGAGGAGUGCUCCGGAGGUUCUAGUCCCAUCCAGGAGGACAGCCUGUCAUCAUGUCCUUCACUCCCUGAGGUCUACACCCUGCCAGUCAGAGACAGGUCCAACUGCCCCUCCCUGCAGGAUGGAGCAGACUCCAAGUCCCAGUGCUUCAAAAGACACACUCUAAACUACCUUCAGGAGAUAGGAAAUGGCUGGUUUGGAAAGGUGAUCCUUGCUGAAGUACUUUGUGACUGCAGCUCCUCUCAGGCCGUGGUGAAGGAGCUGCGUGUCAGUGCCAGCCCCCUGGAGCAGAGGAAGUUCUUGGCUGAGUCUGAGCCAUACAGGAGUCUUAAACAUCCCAACAUCCUUCAGUGUUUGGGGCAGUGCAGUGAGAGUAUCCCCUUCCUUCUGGUUAUGGAGUUCUGCCAAUUGGGUGACCUGAAGAGAUAUCUGAGAGCCCAGCGCAAGUCAGAUGGGAUGACACCUGACCUGCCAACCCGGGACCUCCUGACUCUUCAAAGAAUGGCUUUUGAGAUCACAUCGGGUCUGCUGCAUCUGCAUGAAAACAAUUACAUUCACAGUGAUUUGGCUCUGAGAAACUGCCUGCUGACGUCUGACCUCACUGUAAGGAUAGGGGACUAUGGCCUUUCACACAACCAUUAUAAGGAGGACUAUUAUCUUACUCCAGACAAGCUUUGGAUCCCACUACGCUGGAUUGCUCCAGAGCUGCUUGAGGAGUACAGAGGAUCUCUUAUUGUUACAGAUCAAACAAAGACCAGCAAUGUGUGGUCCUUGGGGGUGGUUAUAUGGGAGCUGUUUGAGUUUGGGUCCCAACCCCACAGACACCUGAGUGAUGAAGAAGUGCUGACCUUCGUCAUUAGAGAGAGACAGAUCACCCUUGCCCAGCCCAGACUUAAACUCUCCCAUGCCGACUACUGGUAUGAGAUCAUGCAGUCCUGCUGGUUACCUCCAUCUCAACGCUCAACUGUAGCAGAAAUAUUCCUCCUACUCUCCUCCCUCUUGGCUGCCGAGCGAGGAAUGGUGAGGGGGAGUGUCGGGGAAGAAGAUGAAGAGGAUGAGGAGUAUGAGAAUGGCAGAGGAAGGAGAGGCGAGAGCGAGGAGUCAUUUGAAAGACGCUGGGACUUACUCCGUCCACCUGCUUUCCAGACUGCAGCAAACGAGCGGCACAGGGAGAGAGACUAUGGCAGGGAGGACAGAGACAACUCAUACCCUCUGCUGGACCCUGUGGGGAACUGUAUCACCCCAUCUUCGUCUGAACUGGACGAUAUUCUAACAGUCACUGAGACCAGCAAAGGCUUGAACUUUGAGUAUUUCUGGGAGAAGGCUCAUGCAAGAAGAGGUUACAAACCUCUUCCUCCCCCUCAGCCAAUCCCCACUGUGAAUAAUAACCACAGACAGUCUUUGGACACUCCCACUGUGGUCCCUGUGAUCAGCGCUCGCAGUCCCUCCCUCGCCAGUGAGUACUACAUCAGACUAGAGGAGCACACUCCCCAAGACAAAUCUCCCACUCUUAAAGGAAAGACCCAGUCAUCUUUUCGCUCUGAUUCAAUGUGUCACGGAGAUGUGGAGUUAGUGGAGAUUCGCAGUGGAAUGCUGGGAAAAGAGCGAGUCCCUUAUUGCUCCUCUGACAAGUGCGGAAAGGGCCUCCAGACUGUCAGAUCAAGUGAGGUUCAACUCCAGGUGCCAAACACAGGUGUGGCUGAGUUCAGAGACACUUCUUGUAGGGUGACUGACUUCUCAGUCGUUGAUUUAGGAGAUGACGAUGAAGAGGAGAAGAAGAAGAGCACUGCAGCAGAUAAAAAGUCAUCCACAAGCUCCCAAGCCCCAGUUCUUCCCCCUAAACCUCGCUCUAUGUCAAUGUCAUCAGCCAAUCACCUUCAUUCCCGUCCCCUCCCUGCCCCUCCGCUCGGAUACAGAGGACUUCCUCACUACACCAUUGGUGGAAAAAUUGAAACAGAUCCUCAUCACAUGAGCAGCUGCCCACCUUCCACAUUUGAUCACCUGGGGCUCCAUAGAGCCCGACAGACUCUUCCCCCAUCCCCGUCACUCUCCCCAUCCCUUCCCCCAUCGAGCCACCCAAUUUACCCACAGCCCCCCCAAAUGUGUCCCCCGCCUCUUCCUCCCCACUCCAAACCACAAAGAAGCUGCCCCAGCUAUAACACAGCAGAGACUUAUUCCCGAUACAGUAAGCCUCAGAUGCAGAAAACUUUUAGAGACCCAUUAUCCUGUGACUUGUCCGACAAAGACGGGGGCAACAGACACUCAUCAUCUUUGCAGAACUCCAAGGAGGCCUCUCAUUCUCGUGUAAAAGACUUUGACUCCCCAAUACGUCGAGAAAACCCGCUGCGCCCUAUUUAUCGUAAUAUACCCCGCCCCCAACCAACUCACCCCCAGAUUGACAGACAGUCCUCAUCAAGUCCCACCUACUCAGAUGAGGACGACUCUCCCUUCAUGUCCCCUGAGAGACAAUGCGGUGGGACUACUGUCACUCACUCCAGCCUAUCUGAAGAUGCAGACCCAGCCUGUGCAGAGCUUUUCUCCAGGGGAAUGAAAAGGACUCAGUCACGCCUUGACACCAUCCUGCCCACUAUUUGGAGGGAAGAUGCUGAACUUCAAGCAGAACGUGUGGCUGCUGCCAAGAAAUCCCCUAUGCAUCUGUUUCUGACAGAGAUAUCUAGUGUGACAGAGUCUGGUGACUCCAAGAAAGAGACGUCAUGGGAGGGAGGGAAGAUAGAGAAAGGAGAUGGAGAGAGAUGGGGAAACUUUCUGCUUCCAAACAGAGGCAUGCGCCGUUCACAGUCAUUGAUCACAGAGUUGGGGUCAGCUACUCAUACAUGGGCAGCAGAGAAACCCAACAACAGGACAGGAACUGAGGAGGGCGAUACAGUCACUAAAGAAUCCUUCCAGGGGGAUCUUUUCCUCACAGAGAUCGACACGGGAGGGAUGGACAUGGACCAAGAGGACAGAUCAGAGCCUGAUUCAGUAAAAUACCUCUAUCCAGCAGGAUCAAGACUGCGGCCCUAUGUCUGUGCCCCGGGCCUGCCCUCAUACACUGAGGCAGAGGAGGCCUAUUCAAAGGGCAUACGGAGAUCCCGCUCUCUUCUCUCUGAGAUAACCAUUGGGAAGCAGGAGACAGAAGCACAGCAACCCGAGAAGGAGCCUCAGAGAACUGAAAUGACCAGAGAGGAGUGCCUGAAGGAGAUCCAGUCAGCAGAGACCUUCUUGACUGAGAUCAUAUCAAGACAAACUGCUGCAGCAAACAAAAACGAAGCAGACCCUUCUUACUCGCCGACACCACUGUCUCCUGAAUAUGAGUCUAUAUGCAUCGACCCGAACUCUGCUCAGACCAUCAGAUUUCAGUCAGAGAGCUCUAUACGAGCCUCCAACAAAGGAAAAGAUGACACUCAAACUGAGGCAAUAUACGCACAAGUGACAAAGCGUGCUAAAAAGAGCGAGAUAAAGGUUUCUAUGAGACCUGGGAUCCCUAUCCUUCACAUAGGUUCUAACAAUCAACCUCUCAAAAAUGACAGCAAUGGCGACCACUGCCAGUCUAGUGAGUUUGUGUUUUCAGAAAUCAUGCCCAAAAAUGGUCUCCUACACAACCAAACACUUGGUUGUCACAAAGGAGAGGAGGAUUGUGCAGAUGGCCCUGCUCUACCAGCCAGAGGAGAGAACAUAGAGCUCUUGGAGCACCCCUCCUCUAAGCCCACAGAAGAUGUGAAAGAAUCAAGCCAUGUGCAAAUGUGCGACAACAGAUUCCUAAAAACAAACAAAACAGAUGCUCAAAAGGUAGCUGUGAUAGGGGAUGGCGAGAUGAUGAAGGAUAAAGUGCACACCAGCAGCCCAAACAGAGAAGAUCAGAUAUGUGGAACAACUGAUACCAUGUCAUAUGAUUAUGACAAAGAAAAGCAUCACAAUGACAAAGGUCCUGUAGUUGACUGUGAACACACCACAGCAGCUAAUGACUUACAGAACGCCAGAAAUCUGGUUUCUCAAAAUAAUGAUAAAAGCCUUACAGAGAUGAAAGGAGAAAACUUACUUCAACAGAACAAUGCAGGUCAAGAAAAGCAUUGUCAUGUUGCGCAAAAGGCAUCUACUCCAACCACUCCAGACUGGGACCCAUCCACUGAUGCCUCACUUAUCACCCCCACUGACUCGGUUCUGUCACCUAUGACCUCCAGCUCAGCCGAUGGCCUCACACCAAGUGACUCAUGGACGAGCACCGGAGGAGUGGGAAACGGUGGUUGGCGAGCUCUGGGAAAUGAAACACCACAUCGAGACUCUGCGUAUUUCUCAGACAGUGACUGGGAGGGCGAUGGGAUAAACCGAAGGAGCAGCGACGGACUUGCAAACUCCAGGCCGAGCAGCGGUCGAGGAGGGGAUAGGGGGACACUAACUGGGAUAGAAGAGGAGGGGGAAACAGCAGACAAGAGUCCCUUAAAAAAUAGUGUACAGAUGCCCAUUAAAGAGCCUGUAGAAAAGAUGACUAUUGAGAUGUUUGACGAAAGUUGUACUUUGAAUCAGAAUGCCCCGGAAAAUGCCAUCUCUCAUCUAGGUAAUAAUAAAGACAUUCUUAACAAAAGGCUGGAGUCAACACAGAGAGACAAUUUGGGCAUUUUUCAAAAUGAAAGCAUAAAUUCCACAAUGAUUGGCGAUGACCUGGAGGUCAAGGACUGCGUCGACUUAAUUGAUAAGUUGUUCUCAGACUUAGAUGAUGAAAAAGGGCUCCCAAACUGUGGUGGGUAUCCAAUGGACAACCACCUCACAGAUAGCAUUAUUUCUCAAAUAGCAGAUUGCACAUACCAGGACUCUAAAGAAAAUGAUGUAAACCUUCAGUCAAAGAGCUGUGCUCAGACUGAUAUUUUGAUCGAGUCUGUUAAUGGCAGCCAGUCGAAAGAUUGUGUGUUAAGACACAAUGAUUACACAAGUGUUUUAAAGACAGAUAUCAAUCUCUCUGCACUGGACUUCCACAAGUUUGGGAAUGACACAGCAGAAUUUGUGACGUCACAAGUUGAUGAAAAAGAGUCAGGAUUAUCCAGACUGCAAGACUUUCAGGCAGGCGAAGAGGCCACGUCAAAGAUCGAGCCAUGUGAUAAAGAGAUCAAGUUGACAUGUCCAUCUUGGGCAGUGGAGGUUGCUGAAGAGAUUGAGAAGCCCAGUUUAGACCACAAUGAGCUGGGUCUAAGAAACCUGCACUGCUCUGAUGGUGGUGAUGCCAAACUGGUCACCACUGAGACGGAUAAACAGCUGGCUGCCGCAGAGCUUAGAAACGCAAUGAAGGAGAAGUCCCCCUUUAGAGGAGCAGCGAGUUGGAGGGAUCCUGCCACCAGUGUGGAUGAAGACCCCUGCAAGGGUCUAGAAGUGAGGACUAAAGAGUUGUGGAGCACCCUGGAGGAGGGUGAGGAUCGAACUAUUGUUAAAGGAGAGUUUGACUGUCAGCGUUUUCCACAAUCAAAAGACCUACGCUUGUGGCCUGAUGAAAAUGACCAGUGGGCUUCCCCAGAGAGGAGAAACCAAGACUCUGAAUUAAGAUCUGAGUUUUUCUCUAGGUUCAGCAACAAAGCAUGGGAGGUAGGAGAGAGGCUUGUUGUUGGUCAGGAGUUCUGGGAAACUGAAGAAAAUGACGAACUGGCGGGAAGUGAGCCUCACCCUGCCAUCUUGGAAGGCUGUGAAGAAACCUGGAACGAUGAAACACAAGGGCUUGCUUAUACUCUCACCAUGAAGGAAAAGUGGGAGUCCAAUAAAGGUGAUGACCAACACAUUGUCCAAGCAGCUGAUGUACAGCAGGAGGAAAAUAUUGAAAACUUUGGAGAAACUUGCAUCUUCAAAGAAGACUUGAAAAGAGUUGUUGAAGUAGAGAAUAAAGAAAUCCCAGAGCAGGAGACCUUGGAGUACAAAGAGAGACUUAUUUUGUCAUUCACAGAGGCAGUCAGUGAAGGGGAAGGUCUGUUAGACUCCACAGAGACAGAGGAGAAUCAAAAUUUUAACAGAUGGCCCCAGAAUCACCUCUGCAACAUGCAAAAAACAGUACAGACAUUAGCUGAGCACACUGACAACACAAGCUCAAAUUCUGAAAGCCUCUGUCAAAAUAAAACUAACAUAUCAAUUUACAUCAAUGAAGCUCCUGAUGUGAACUUUUCGGAUAAGGAAAAUGUUGGAUCAGGCUUGGAUUCAGAGGUUGAAAUAAAACCACGGCUUGCUGAAGAGCCCAUAGAAGACAAAGUAAGCAUGAAUGUAGAGAUGGACUACAGAGAAAUGCCCACCACUUCCAAUCCAACCUCUUGUCCCAGUGACCUUGAUAUGCAGGAGGAGGUAAAUCAGUCAGAACCGCAGUUAGACAAUUUUAGCUCGGUAGAUUUUCCUAGUCCUCCACCGAGCAUCGACCUUGAUGUGCAAGAUGAUAAACUGGAGAGUUUAGACGACUCUUUUCCUAGUCCACCCCCAUCUGUUGUAGAGUCAGAGGAGUUUAUUAGUCAUAUCAAUCUGGAGGAUUUUAUUGCUAGUACCGAGACAGAGCCGUAUAUUUCUCCAACUCACGACACCGAUGUUUUAGAUGCGCCUGCUACAAGCCCGACUGUAGGGAUCUCAGCCAACCUCCCCUCUGUGCAUGUAACUCUAGAUGAUGAUAGGAAGCUUGCAUCUGAAACAGAGAGAAAGGAUGAACAAAAUGAUUUAAACCGGGAAACUUCAUCUCCCAACUCAUCUUCACCUCAAGUUCCCCUCAACAAUAUCCCAGAAUUACUGAUUUCUGAGUGGAAAGAUCUGGAUGAGGAGCCUUUGGAAGAUUUUGAAAAACUGGAGCAGCUUUGCUGUAUAUCUGGGGAUGAAGACUCCUCUCUGGGUGAUCUUUUCCUGGGUAACCUGGAGCUCCUUGAAUCUUUAAAGAAAACACCAGAUCAGAAAGUUAGCAGUCUUGGUGAUAAUGACACAACAGAGGAGAUAGGUGGCUCCCUAACUCCAGAGGGGAGUGAGAUAGAAUUGACAGUGGACAGAGUUUCUGAUAGCUCUGAAAAGCUGGCAGAAUCUGUACCAGAUGUCAUCCUGGACUCUCAAGAGAAACUGUUGUCUCAAGAUGAGGUGAAUGUUGGACAGAGAUCCUCAGGACAACCACCAGACGUCAAAGACCAGGGAUCUCUCUCUAAGCUGACGACAAAGAAUGGUCUAAUGAUGCAGGUGUGUGAGGAGAGGCUACAAUUUUCCCUCAGUGAAAAUGUGAAAACAAAUGUGCUUUGGGGGGCAACUGUUAAGGACACAGUGACACUUCGACCCUGGGGAGAACAGAUCACAGAGACAACCAGUGAGACAUUAGCUGUUGAGGAUCUUAAAGAGGAUGAAAGCAACAAGGUCCAGGGAGAUUCAACCAGCAUUCUGCCUAACAACGAGGCUUAUGAAACUAAAGCUGAACCUUUCACUGUGAUUGAACAACCUGAGGCUACAACCCCUCAGCCGACGGCAAACCAGGCCAUGAAAGCUAAACUAGCUCGACUGUCUCUCGCUCUUCCUCCACUUGCUCUGACUUUACCCCUCACCCCGACCGGUAAAGGGGGAUUUGGCGACGGAGCAAUUGGGAAUCGGAUCGGACGACGGAGAGGUCUGCCCUCGGGAAGCGACCCUGAGGAGGAGGAAGAGGAGGAUGAGCAAGAGGAUGAAAGCUCACGUAGGGUGAUUGUUGUCACAGAAACAGAUGUGGACAAACGUGUCGGACUGAGGAGUUUACUUAAGUCACCGAAGGAGCCAAUGGACAGAGGGAGAGACAGAGGAAGAAACGUGUCUUUUUUUGAUGAUGUCACGAUAUAUCUUUUUGAUCAGGAAACUCCAACCAAUGAGUUAAGCACUUCAGCGCCCACUAGUCCAGCCCCAGUGUCCGUCAAAAGCAGCAAACUGGAUUUACGUGGGUCAAACAAGAGCAAAGAGUCAAAGAGGAAAGAAGAUUUAUCAAUCAAACCAAGGUCGCCUGUGGGGGCUAAUCCAGUGACAUCAUCGCGGUUCACUGUAAGCCCCGCCAAUGACCCCCACUUGGUGUGAUGUUUAAGUCAUCGCGGGAACCUUUAGAGUCAAAUCCUCUUGGACUGGCCAUUGAAUUAACCCCAACAACCAGCCAUUCACCCAGAGGCUAUUUUUUUAUUGAAGAGGCAACUGAAAGAAUGAGACUCCCGAUCUAAAAGCUGGACACAUUCCAGGUUUUACCAGCAAGAGGAUUUUGUACGUUGUGCUCCUGCCUGCCACUAUUUACAGAGUUUAUUCAUAGCCCUCGGCUAAAGAAAUCUUUUGGAAACGGCAGCAUAUAUCAGGAGAAGAGGAGCCCGGAGCUAAGUAAAAUCUGAAACAGAUUUGACAGCUAUGCAGUGGGAGUCUUGCUGUGUACCAGCUUACCUUCUCUUUUUCAGCUUCAUUUCAUUGUAUCGUUCCCCAGAUGAGCGGGGAAAGCACUUUGGUUUGUCAUUCAUCAGUCUAUGUAAACUCUUGGAUUCCGGUCCUCUGUUUAUCAAAGACAUUUUUCAUUGCAGUCAGUUGGUUGUUGUUGUAGACAGCAGUUUGAAACAGACAUCACUUGACUCCUGUAUUUGAUGAUACUCAUUUGCAUUUGUAAAAUAUCAUAAGACAAAUGUGUACAAUAUCAUUUUAGAGAUGUUUACUUUUAGAUGUAUUCUUAGACUGCACGAAAAAUGAAACAAGCUAUGCUUCUUUAUGUUGAUUAUUCUAAAGAAGACUCUUAUGUUAUUACAGUUGUUUUAUAAUUAUAAUAUUGUUUUAUUUAUUUAUGUAAAGCCAGUUUACAUGCAAUAUAUUUAUUUAUUAUUUAUUCAUUUAUUUAUCUAUUAUUUAAUGUAUUUAUUUGCUUUUCUCUGGUUGACAUAGGCCUAUAUAAACUUAACUAUAAUUUGUUUGGGACAGAAUGCAUCAAGGUUAUACCUUCUCUAAGAUCUUCAUAAUAAAUAAAUCAAAAUAUUUUCCCAAACGUCUUAAUUGCUAAAAAAGAAGUAUUUUGUAUAAUUUUACUAGUUAAUAUAUGCCAAUCUGUAUGACUCAAAUGUCCUGUAAUGUGUCAUUUUUUCCAAUGUCUAAGGAUUUUUAGCUGUCUUGUCAUUUUUUCCCUUGUUUAAUGACAGUUAAUGUAGCUUAGCAUGAAAAAUCAACGCCUCUCAUCAGUAAAUAACUCCAUUUGUUUGUGUAUCUGUUAAUUUACUCCAUUUUGUAAUAACAGCCCAUCCUGCAGUUCAGGUCCAACUAGUCAAUUUGUUUAGUCUGUUUAAAUGUUGGUUUAAAACCUGUAUUGUUUAACAUGGUUUUCAAGGGAUAAUGUAUAAAC